AUGAAUCAAAUUAACCACUUGCCAUCAGAAAUACGAGCAAUGACUGCUGAUUUGUUUAAAAUAAAAUCACCAACAGGUCUCGCCGAGAAUCGAACUCGGAUCGCAGGAUUCAAAGUCCUGAGUGAUAACCAUUACACCACGAGACCGGAACAUCGAUUUGCUACCAAAUCUGAAUUUAUUGAACAUAAUUAUUAUUUUAGGUCAUUAGAAUCAAAACCACUUUCCAACCAACCUUCCUUCUUUUUCGAAAUUCUCGACUAUCGUCAUGAAAUCAGUUGGACUCAAGUAUAUCGUCGUAUGCACAAGAAAGGUAUAACCGAGGAAAUUGCCAAAAAACGUACCCGUCGAACGGUAAAGCAUCAACGAGCAGUUGUUGGAGCAUCAUGGGAAGUCAUUAAGGCUAAACGUAAUCAAAAACCUGAAAUGAGAGAGGCCGCACGUGCGCAAGCCCUUCGUGAAGCUAAAGAGAAAAAAAAACAGGAACAAUCAAAAAGAAAAGCCGAAAAAGCUAAGGUUGCACAAACAGCUUCUCGGGGACAGCCUAAAAUCUCGAAACAACAAGCUCGUGGUGCUUCGGCAAAAGUAUCUGCCAAAAGUCGUUAA